GUUUUCCACGUCGUUUCUCUUGGGUGCGUCGAUGGAUGACACCAGGGUCAACGAAGAAGUGACGUUCGUGCUCGACCGGGUGUCCAGAAUGGAGCAAAAUUCGGAGGAAUAUCGCGUCGAACCGGCGAAGAACGAGUCCGACAAUGAGAGCAACGACGAGGAUUAUACGCGCUCGCCGGUGUUGCUGGACCUGGACGAGAAUUCAAAGCAACAGCAACGGAAGAUCGCGAAUAGGGAAGUAAACUCGCCGAAUUCGGCAUCAAUGGUGGAUCAGCAUCUGCAGGAUCAAGUAUUCGCUCCAGAGGAAGCCACGCGAGCGCAGGCCGUGAGAAGCAGAUGGCAAGAAACGAGUUUCGACGUGCGCAGCCAGCAGAAUCCCGAGGGGGUGCUCGUGAUACGAGUGCCGGAACCGGAGAUGAUCGGCAGCCACUCGCAUCUCGAGAUGCUCCACGAGACUAAUAUCAAGUCGGUACAACGGGAGUCGUCGCAGACCGAGAAAGGUACGACAAUACCAAAGUGCGCGUCGCCAGACUACAAGAAGUCCGCGUGCGACCGCGAGCGCACCAGAAUGCGAGACAUGAAUCGCGCGUUCGAGACGCUCCGGUCGAAGCUGCCGAUAUGCAAGCCACCCGGCAAGAAGCUCUCCAAGAUCGAAUCUCUGCGCCACGCUAUCACGUACAUCAGGCACCUACAGAGUUUGCUGGAGCCACAAUACAACUACGUACCCGGCGUACCCGAUCGACCCGGCGGUUACUACGCGGCUCCACCGGGACCCCCAACGUCCUUCGACGUGCAGCAUCCGGCUCGGUGGGAGUCCCUGGCUUAUUAUCGAUACGAUUAUCACGCGCCUUUCGCCACCCCUUCGCCACCAAGCCUGGUACCACCCCUGCAACCGAGACUGCCGGUCGAACAAGACGACCGACAAUUCUCUUACGAAACGCAUCACUAGUUCAUCAUGUGAAAAAUUAACAGAUUCAUCUCUCGAGGGUUUAAUAGAUGCUUCUACGCAUUGCGACACUCAAACUUUCAUUGCAAUUUUAAUACUCGACUUGGAUCCAGCGAUUCGAAUGAUACUUUGGAUAAUAAGUUGCGUUUCAAAAUUCUGUAAUAAUGAGAACUUAUUAUAGACCACGUGUGUAUUAAUAAUUCUUAAGGGAUUACAAGAAAAAAAAGUCGAGAUUCAUAAUUCCGCAAAGUGAACUUCUGCCGGUCUCUUUUGUAAUUUUUAAUUUAUGGGAUCUAUUAAUUCUUAUUAGCUGCACUUUUUUACAUUUCAAAACUAGUGCUACGAGUAUUUAAAAUGUUAGGAGAAAAAGGACACGAAAAACAGAUUGUAGGGAAAAGUAAAAAAGCACAGUUAAAAAGAACAAUCAUGAAUCGCACGAAUCGUGAUAUAAAGAGGAUUUAUAUAAUGUGCCUUAUAUUUAUAGCGAUUAAACUAGCAUCUUUCUCUCUGU